AUGGCUUCCCCUUCCCAAGGUAGCCUCCUCCUCCAAAAACAGCUCAAAGAUCUCUGUAAACACCCGGUGGAUGGAUUUUCGGCAGGAUUGGUUGAUGAAAGCAACAUAUUUGAAUGGAGCGUCACCGUUAUUGGACCACCUGAUACUUUAUAUGAUGGAGGUUUCUUUAAUGCGAUCAUGACCUUCCCGCAAAACUACCCACAGAGCCCCCCAACAGUGAGGUUUACCUCAGAGAUAUGGCAUCCUAAUGUUUAUCCUGAUGGAAAAGUUUGCAUUUCAAUUCUUCAUCCCCCCGGUGACGACCCAAACGGCUAUGAGCUUGCUAGUGAGCGCUGGUCUCCUGUCCAUACGGUCGAGAGUAUAGUUUUGAGCAUUAUAUCAAUGCUGUCAAGUCCUAAUGACGAGUCUCCCGCAAAUGUCGAAGCUGCGAAGGAAUGGAGAGAAAGAAGGGAUGAAUUUAAGAAGAAAGUUAGUCGCUGUGUGAGACGGUCACAAGAAAUGAUGUGAACCGGUUCCAUUGCGACUCUGCCAGGAGGAAGAAGAAUGAUGGCUUUGUUGAAUCAAUCAUAAGUUCUAAGCCUUUUUUUUUUUUUUUUUUUUUUUUUUCUCCCUUGUGUCGGGUUUUUCAAAUUCAAAUCAGAAAUAUUUCUCCAUAAUGAAGUUAUUUAAUUUGGAAACUCGACUAAAUCCAUGUUUUGAUUGUUGUGCAUUAUUUUCUGAUGGAAU